AAGGCGUGCGACACAUAUUUCUAACAACAAAAUAUGUUCAUUUAUCUCUUUAUUAGCAGAUGACAAGGUGACGAGAACUUGUUUACCUAAACCCAAAUUAAUUUGAACAUUUUUUAAAAAUAAGUCUUACAAAAAAUAUGGCAAAAUCAUCAGUUGUUUUAAGUUUUCAUGAAAUAUUAUUACACGAAUCUGACGUUGAACUACUUGGUGGUCCACAUUGGUUAAAUGAUACAGUAAUAUCAUUUUAUUUUGAAUACUUAGAAAAAGUGUUGUUUAAAAAUGCUAGUGAAAUCUUAUUUGUUUCACCUGAAGUGACACAAUGUAUAAAAAUGGUUCAAGCCACUGAAAUAGGUGUUUUCCUAGAACCCUUAGACAUUGAUACUAAGAAGUUUGUAUUCUUUGCCCUCAAUGAUAACAAUUCACCUGAAAAGGCAGGAGGGUCACACUGGAGCCUUCUUGUUUUCUCUAAAACUGAAAAUUGUUUUUAUCACCUUGAUUCAUCAUCUGGAAGCAAUCAUGAUGUGGCAUGGGAUUUUGCAAGUCAUUUGAUGUCUUAUUUGGGUAAAGGAGGUGCAAUUAAUUUUGUGGAUAAGGAAUGCCUCCAACAAAACAAUGGAUAUGACUGUGGUGUGCAUGUAAUUUGCAAUACUGAGAGACUAGCAAAUCACGCUCAAAGCCAUCAGGAAAUUAACUCAUGUGAUAUGUCUGUUAAAAUAAAUCCUAACAUAAAGAGAAAAGAAAUUCUUGGAAUUAUUCAUAACUUAUCAAAACCCUAAUGUAAUGUAAUUUUUAAUUAUUUUGUAUACUAAAGAUUAUAAGUCUAUUAAAAUGUUUUUGAUUA